AUGGCUACAACUCCUAUCACUUCAAGGCAGGGACAGUUCAAAGAGGUACCGGUCGGGAGUAACCUCGACGUUGGCGCAUUCGUAGCUCGAUUCAACGAAUUCGGAAAGAACUACACAGCAGAGCUUCUCGAGGGUUACCAGACGCUACAGGGGACCUACAACAUCUCUGCGCAGUACUGUAAGCCAGACAGUGGCAACAGCAGUACAAUCCAAGUUUUGACCCACGGUAUCGGCUUCGACAAGACAUCCUGGGAUCUCGAGUACGACAACUACAACUAUAGCUACGUCAAUGUAGCCCUGGCUGCUGGCUACAGUACGCUCGCAAUCGACCGUUUCGGUAUCGGCAACUCCUCUCACGGAGACCCUUUCAAUGAGAUUCAGACGCAAGCUGAAGUUGAAGCUCUCAACUCCGUCACUACGCAAUUGCGCAAGGGUGAGAUCCCAGAGAUUGGCUGCGCGUAUGACAAGGUCAUCCACGUUGGACACUCCUUCGGCAGUGUCCAGUCUUACUGGCUUUCCGCUCUUUACCCCGAGAACACGGAUGGUGUUAUCCUUACCGGUUUCUCUGUAGCUGGGCAGUUCCUGGCCUACAUCGUUGCUGGAUGGAACCUACACAGCGCUCGCCUCAAUCAGCCUUUGCGAUUCGGAAACGCCUCGAACGAUGUUAUCCGUACCGUCGCCGACAAGUAUGAUUUGAGUGACAACAUCGUUGUUGGUCUCCAAAAGAUCCUUGCAGCCGCCGGUGUAGAUCUAACCUCAGACGAGGUGUGGAACGAGCUUGCGACCACCGAGGUCCUCGACUUGAUCAACGGCUACAACAACACUGUCGCCUCCCUUGACUACCCCUCCGGAUACAUGGUACACUCCGAUCUUACUGCCCUACAGUAUGCCUUCCUCGAGCCCGGCAACUACGAUGUUGGCCUAGCUCUUGCAGCCGAGAAGACCAAGCAACCUGUAACCACCGGUGAGCUUCUGACCAUCGGUAGCUCGCCAAGUUCAUCUCCCUUCACCGGCCCCGUCCUUGUCAUUACUGGCGAGACCGAUGUGCCGUUUUGCGGAGGAAACUGCUACGGUCAAGUCAUGGGCACCAACACCUCCAACAUCCCCGAGGGCGUUGCCAUGGCUUUCCCUUCAGCUUCGGCAUUCGAGUCGUACAUUCAGCCUAACACUGGUCACGGUCUGAACUUUCACUACAACGCCACCGCUGGUUACCAGGUCGUUCAGGACUUCUUAGCUAGCAACGGUCUCGCGGCGCAGUAA